AUGGAUUAUAUCGAAUCACUAACGCCACAGCCGGUAUGUCUUGCACUUUCAAGCUAGCCCUAAUGAAAGUGGUCAUUUGCAUCAUUACCACCACCACCGUCGCCUUUUUGCCCCUCUUUAUUUUCCUUUCUCUAUGGCAAAGAAGGGGAAAAACACCAACAACAGGUGGAAUUCUAGAAACUGACUACUAACACAUUAUGUUUAGAAACCAAAGAUUCGACAUGAUUUACAACCAGCAGGUACGUGUUGACACAUAUUGAGAUGCUCCCCCGCCGGACCCGAUACUAACUCAUGUUUCUUCAGCAUUAAUCAAAAACGUGACCAAGCGAAUACCGCGCUCGCUACCGUAUUAUGACAACGCCCAUGUCGAUCCAGAAAAGCAGGACCCCAUAGUGGAAGAAUUGCUGAAACUCAAACCUCAUGAACCGCAACUCAAGAUCAGUGACGUGCACGAGGAGCAGAUUGUCUCCUAUUCCUCGCGGAUGCAGGAAUUGUUGUACCUUUUACUAGAGGAAAACCAAUUGGACGACGAUAACCGGAUCAGGAUCGAAAAUUCGUUGAGUGACUUGAUGAGCUAUAUCCCUAAAGUUGAAGAUGACGUUCAAGAGGAUUUGGAGAUCGAGUACCGGCUCAGCUACAGAAACAGACAAAGUAUACCCAAACCGACCCAUUCCGAUCAAACUUACCCCAACAGCUUUCUAUCGAAAAUUAUCAUUGACAACUAUGAAGCAUUAAUGGCACUUUCGUCGUCCUACUUUAAUAUAUCAUUGAGCUCGGCAGUGACCAAGUAUACCGUGGAGCUAAUAUACCAGCUCAACUACUGGGAAGUUGUCCAUUUAGCCCAUAUGAUACCCAGCAUGCAUAGCUUUUUGGAGCUAAUUGGAUUCGGCGUCAUCGACACUUCGUUGGGGCUUUUGGUGAGGCCUCCAGAAAACUAUCUCGAAGAUCGAAUGCUACAGGGCUUGCAAUACUCAUUCCCAUACCCAUUCUACAACUACAGCUACCACUCAUUUGAUCCUAAAGCCGAACGCGACAAACUCAAGAUGGUGAAAAUCACUCCUUAUAUGGAUAUCACUUUAAAGAAUGCGGUAGGGACGCCACCACGGAAGAAGAGGGGCAGGAAAUCGAAAAAGGCAUUGGAGCAAGAGGCGAGAGAAAAAGCGUUGAGGGAACUUCUUCAAAAUGAGUUUGAAGAGACUCGAGAGCAAUCGUCUGGCUCGAGCACUCGUGGAAAUGUCGAUGUACCGCUGAAUGACGAGGCAAGAAUGUACAACUAUGCUGUCACAGUAAGCGACAAGUCAGACGAGGAAAGCGAACAAGCACCCCGAGCUCAAGCCCAAGCGCAAGCCCAGCCGAAAGCCAAACUCAAAUCCCAACUCAAGCCACAACUCAAACCUCAACUGAAAGUCAAAUCCAAGUCCAAGCCUAGUGCUGCACCGCGAACCAAGGUCAAACGAGCUUCUUUGGCAAUUGCUGAAGCACUGGAUGAUCGUAAGCGCAGUGUUGAACCAAAGCCAGUGUUUAGUCGCGUCCUUGCCGAGAAUGUCGCGUUAAAUUUCUCCGUCCCUGCGGAGCCAACAACCAAACCUCUGAUUUCACAACCGCAACCACCACCACCACCACCACCAUCACAACAACUACAACUACAACUACAACCAGAACAACCACAGCCACAGCAACAAAAAUCUCAGACAGGUACCCCACUUGUCACUAGACCACAACCGUUACCACAACCUAGUCAAAAAUCGAUUCUGCAGCAAGCUGCUCCUCAAUUUGGAACUUAUUCUUAUCAGCCGCCUCCCACACAGACCCUGGUCCCGACACAGGUACCGGCACAGGCGCCACCUCGGCAAUCGUUAUACCAAUCUCCAACUUUUCCUUCUUCGUUUCCGCGUAUUUCAGGUGAUGCAAAUAAAUCACAAUUUGUCCCACCACCGUCGAGCCAGUCUCCGCCUCAAUCAAUGCACAACUUUCCUAGCAUUACACCGAUUAAAAACUUUGAGCCCGAUCCAAACAGCAUUUUGCCAUCCAUCGUGAGCUUGACCACGAGACUGAAUCCUCGUGACUCAAGCGGUUCCUUUGGAGAGCAAUCUAGUAAUAUGUCGCCUCAAGCACCGCCGGCUUUGCCAGCUGUUUACCACCAUUCGCCUUCAAUUGAGCAUGCGAUGCAAUUCACUCCUGCUCCUACACAGCGUCCACCGGCACCAGCGCCAGCACCGGCACCAGCACCAGGAGCAACACCAGGAGCAACACCAGCAGCAGCACCAACACAAAAAGUAUUUCUGCCAGUUCAGUAUGAAGCCAGGUUUCCACCUUCGCAGAGCCCACCGAAAGCUCAAGUCGUGAUGGACUCUCCACAUUUGGCUGAUUCUGCAAAGGACAGGAACCAAGUGAAAAACUCGGCAUUUUUCGGCAACCCUGAAGAGGAAGUGAAAAGAUUAGCUAGAACAGGCACUAUUCAUCAAUGCCAUUUGACCGACCCCAUAACUCAUGAAAAGUGUCUCAAGAUUUUCUACGGCAAGAAUGAGCUUUUACGCCAUCAAGAAUUUGUCCAUGCCACCAAGAAGAAGAUAUAUAAAUGCAUAUAUUGUGCAAAGAAUGGAUCAAGAAUUCAAAGCUAUCCAAGACAUGAUUCAUUGGCAAGACAUAUUAGAAGAAAACAUAAUAUAACCGGUAGAGAAAACAAAAUGGCUGUCAAUUAUGCAAAGGAUAACGUUGAGAUUCUUGACGAAGAAAGUUUUGGUGCGGAUUUUGCUGGUCCUAGCAAUAGCAAGGAGUUGGAAGCAACCGAUGAUUCAGUGCUUCAGCCAGGUGAAGUCCCAGCUUCAGAAGUACGCAAAUUGUUGUCCAAUGCUAAGAAAAGUCCUAAACCCAAGCUUAAGCCACCAGCUCAAGCUCAAGCCAGCCCCAAACCUAAACCUCCAGCUCAACUUCCAGCUCAACCUCCAGCUCAACCUCCAGCUCAACCUCCAGCUCUACCUCCAGCUCAACCUUUAGCUCAACCUCCAGCUCAACUUCCAGCUCAACCUCCAGCUCAACCUCCAACUCAACCUCUAGCUCAAUCCCAACCACAAACCCAAACCCAAACUCAAAGUCAACCCCAAGCUCAAAGUCAACCUCCAGCUCAAAGUCAACCUCCAGCUCAAAGUCAAGCUCAGCCUCAAGCUCAAAGCCAACACCAAGUUCCAGCUCAAAAUCAAAGUCUAGGUCGAGACCAAGGCCAAGGUCAAGCUCAAAGUCAAAACCAAAAUCAAAGUCUAGGUCAGAGUCAAGCGCAAUCUCAUAUUCAAUACCCACCACGAAAAUUUCACAACACAACGGAUCGUGCAUUUUUGCAACCACCAAUUCCGAAAACCAAGGAGCCAAAAGUGAGCAAAGCCGUCUCGGCUCCCAUGCGGUUCGAUGACACUGUUGGUAAGCAACCUGGCACCCAAGCACAGCUCAAUGCGUUUGAAAAAUUCCAACUGGAUCCAAGAUACAAGGUCCCGGAGGCACCACCUUCGUACCGGACCAUGUUCCUAGAAGGCAAAGUGCCGACUGAUUUACAUGAAAAGUUCCCCGACUUACCGCGGGUCCAGAAAUUCAGAUCUGCUGAUCCCAAGAGCCAGUUGAAUAUUUUCAUGGGUCCAGUGAUGGGCAAUACGGGCAAACAUGACGACAAGAUGGACCAUGAUGAAGCUUUUGUGCCUGCUCCGUUGGAAUUGCAAGAGAGGAGCCGGCAAGUUCAGUUGAAUAUACACCAAUUCGAGCCCAUACAGAGUCAAUACCAGAACCAGAGCCAGCGCCAGAGCCAGAAUCAAAGCCAAAAUCAGAACGAAAACCAAAACCAGUAG